AUGGCGCCCCUCACCUACUCCAAGACCUCCAAGGUCCCCAACCGUCCCUUCGAGGCCGCCCGUCUUGACUCCGAGCUUAAGCUCGUUGGCGAGUACGGUCUCCGCAACAAGCGUGAGGUCUGGCGUGUCCAGCUUACCCUCUCCAAGAUUCGUCGUGCUGCCCGUCAGCUUUUGACCCUCGACGAGAAGGACCCCAAGCGUCUGUUCGAAGGCAAUGCCCUCAUUCGCCGUCUCGUGCGCGUCGGUGUCCUCGACGAGUCCCGCAUGAAGCUCGAUUACGUCCUGGCCCUGAAGGUCGAGGAUUUCCUUGAGCGCCGCCUCCAGACUUGCGUCUACAAGCUCGGUCUCGCCAAGUCCAUCCACCACGCCCGUGUCCUCAUCCGCCAGCGUCACAUCCGUGUCGGCAAGCAGAUCGUCAACGUUCCCUCCUUCAUCGUCCGUCUCGACUCCCAGAAGCACAUCGACUUCGCUCUUACCUCGCCCUUCGGUGGCGGCCGCCCCGGCCGUGUCCGCAGAAAGAAGGCUGCUGCCGCCGAGUCCAAGGGUGACGGUGGUGACGACGAGGAGGAUGACGAGUAA